GGGAGCUCUCGCCCUCGGAACCGCUGAAGCUGCGUCAGAGGAAGCAUCACCUGGGCAUCUUUAUUCGUGUUUUUUUCAGGUUAUCCCAGCAGCCCGAGUGAAUCUGGAGCACAAAUGAAUUAAGGGGGAGAAUUAAGGAGCUGGUGCGAAGUGAAGCCUUUCCAAAUCUCUCCGCUCGGAUGAAAGUUCCACAAAAGAACAACACACCUUCACAGUGGGCGUUCUGGGAGUUUCAGCCAGGAACCACUGCGGGUUAGAGGGACGCCGAAGUGGAGCUCCCAUGUGGCUUUGCUCAAUGGUGACUGAACCAUAAGAACAGAGGGACAGAGGGCUUGCACACCGCGGGGACUCUGGGAUAGCUCAACCUUCUCCGGGAGGACCGCUGCCGUGGCGUUGCAUAGAGAGCGGCUGAUGUUUUAAUCAUGGCCGCGGGGCUCAUUGUGAUGUGCAGCCACCUCUGGGGUCUCUAAUUGUCUCAGGCCAGGCUGGCUCUGCUGAUCACCCUGCGUCUGGAAUGGCUAAUGACUCACAGCAGCGAGAUCCGGACCUUAAUCUCCUUCUAAGCUCUGAGUGGCACCCCGGGUCUGAGCGGCCAGCCCUGCAGAUGAUGUGGUCUUAAGAUGAAUGACCACUGACAAGUCAAGCCUGGUUUUGCGAAAGUCAUCUGCCUGUUAAACAGAUGGACGACCACCAACAAGUCUGCUUUUGCUCAAGUUAUCUGCCAGUCAAUAGUGGAUGUCCAGUUAUCUGCCCGUUAAGUUUUCCUUUCUUUUUUGCUCCCUUAUUGGUGGAUGAACGAUGCUUCUUUAGAAAUAAAACAACAGAGAAGCAGAUGUCUCUACACAGAGGAGUCAAGUUUGACUUGGAAGUUUGCUACUUAGACAGCAUGCUUGUUAACUGGUCUGCUCCUUCUCAAGGUGUCUACCUGCUAAUAUUUCCCAAACCAAAACAUCUCACGUCCCGGAUUGAGUUCCCCUCCACCUCCCAGACCCGGCUCUGCUCCCCUGAAAGAGAUCAUCAGUGUGAGACUUUGACUGACAGAUGUGCUCGGGCCUGAAAAUGGAGACGUUACAAAGUCAGAUAAGAAAUUCAUCAUAGCCAAUGCCCGGGUGCAGAACUGCGCUAUCAUCUACUGUAAUGACGGCUUCUGCGAGAUGACAGGCUUCUCCCGGCCGGACGUCAUGCAGAAGCCGUGCACGUGCGACUUCCUGCACGGCCAGUUCACCAGUCGGCACUCGGUGGCCCAGGUGGCCCAGGCGCUGCUGGGCUCUGAGGAGCGCAAGGUGGAGAUCACCUACCACCGCAAGGAUGGUUCCAACUUCCUGUGCGCAACUCACAUCAUCCCUGUGAAGAACGAAGAGGGCGUGGUCAUGAUGUUCAUCCUAAACUUCGACUACAUCCUGGAUGAAGGCAGCAGCGACUCACUGGAGAGACUCAACCACCACUCGCCAUCCAAAGCUGACCAGCGCAAAGGGAGAUUCUUCCGCUUCCGAUUCCCAGCCUUACCGCUCCUGGGCAUCAGCAAGCAGUCCCUCCCACAGGAAGACCCUGACGCUGUCAUGGUGGACUCCCCUCGCCACAGCGAUGGAUCAGUAGCCACGCGUGACUACCAGCUUCCCAACACCCGUGAAAGCUGCAGUCCCUCCUAUGCCAACGACACCCGCGCCCUCAUCGCUCCCAGCCAUUGCUCCACGCCUGUAUCCGGGCCUUUGGACCACUCAUCUCCUAAGGGCCCGUGGGAUCGGACGUACCCAGAGCAGGCCACUGCUCCAACCUCGCAGCAGAGCCGGGAGGACACGCUUAUCGCCGCGCCGUCAAUCCCAGGACUUACUCCAACAGCGUCCAGAGAGAGCGUGUGCAGCAUUCGUAGAGCGUCUUCGGUUCAUGACAUGGAGGGAUUUGGGUCAAACUCCAAGAUGGCAUUCAGGGACAGACAUGCAAGUGAAGGGCCGCUCAGUCAGAUCAAAUCCAGCCUGCUGGGCUCCACCUCUGACUCCAACCUCAACAAGUACAGCACCAUCAACAAGAUCCCCCUCAUCACACUCAACUUCUCCGAGGCCAACAACGAGAAGAAGUGCCCGUCCCCUCCAUCCUCUGAGAAAACCAUCAUCGCCCCCAAAGUCAAAGACCGAACGCACAAUGUCACAGACAAGGUCACACAGGUUCUGUCUCUGGGCGCAGACGUGCUGCCGGAGUACAAACUCCAAACUCCCCGCAUGGACAAGUGGACCAUUCUUCACUACAGCCCCUUCAAAGCGGUGUGGGACUGGCUGAUCCUGCUGCUGGUCAUCUACACAGCCAUUUUCACCCCUUACUCUGCUGCCUUCCUCCUCAACGACAUCGAGGAGCAGAGGAGGCGGGAGUGUGGCUACUCCUGCUCGCCGCUAAAUGUGGUGGACUUGAUUGUGGACAUUAUGUUCAUCGUGGACAUUCUGAUCAACUUUAGGACCACGUAUGUCAACAUCAAUGAGGAAGUGGUGAGCCAUCCAGCAAAGAUAGCCAUCCAUUACUUUAAAGGCUGGUUCCUCAUAGACAUGGUGGCUGCCAUCCCAUUUGACCUGCUCAUCUUUGGCUCAGGAUCAGAUGAGACCACGACUCUGAUUGGUCUACUAAAGACGGCCCGCCUCCUAAGGCUUGUGCGAGUCGCCCGUAAACUGGACCGGUAUUCAGAGUAUGGUGCUGCCGUCCUCAUGCUGCUCAUGUGCAUCUUUGCCCUCAUCGCUCAUUGGUUGGCGUGCAUAUGGUACGCCAUUGGCAACGUGGAGAAGCCUUACCUGGAGCAUAAGAUCGGCUGGCUGGACAACCUAGGGGUGUCGAUAGGGAAAAAAUACAACUACAGUGACCCAAGCUCGGGGCCUUCAAUCAAAGAUAAGUACGUCACAGCGCUUUAUUUCACCUUCAGCAGUCUGACCAGCGUGGGCUUUGGGAACGUCUCUCCUAACACCAACUCUGAGAAGAUUUUUUCCAUCUGUGUCAUGCUCAUUGGAUCUCUAAUGUACGCCAGCAUCUUUGGAAACGUGUCGGCCAUCAUCCAGCGGUUGUAUUCAGGUACAGCCAGGUAUCACCUCCAGAUGCUACGAGUCAAAGAGUUCAUCCGCUUCCACCAGAUCCCAAAUCCACUGAGGCAGAGGCUGGAGGAGUACUUCCAGCACGCUUGGACGUACACCAACGGCAUUGACAUGAAUAUGGUCCUGAAGGGUUUCCCAGAGUGCCUGCAGGCAGAUAUCUGCCUCCACCUCAACAAGAACCUUCUGCAGGGUUGUAAGGCAUUUCGAGGAGCCACCAAGGGCUGCCUGCGGGCCCUGGCCAUGAGGUUCAAGACCACACAUGCGCCCCCCGGAGACACCUUAGUCCACAGCGGGGAUGUGCUCACAGCGCUCUACUUUGUCUCUCGUGGCUCCAUCGAGAUCCUCAAAGAUGACGUUGUUGUGGCCAUUCUGGGUAAGAACGACAUUUUCGGCGAGAUGAUCCACCUCUUCGCCAAGCCAGGGAAAUCCUGCGCGGAUGUUCGUGCGCUGAGCUACUGCGACCUCCACACCAUCACGAGGGAGGAGAUUCUGGAGGUGCUUGACAUGUAUCCAGAGUUCGCCGACCACUUCCUCACAAAUCUGGAGCUGACGUUUGAUCUGCGGGAUGAAAACGCCAAGACGAACAAGCCAGCUGAUUCAAACUUGGAUGACUGCCCAAGACGAGUGUCCUACAGAAGGAAAUCCUCUACAGGCACCCACAACAAGGAGCCAGCGGCCGCCUACUGUGACGCCAAGCAAGGGAGGCAUCUGUACGCCUCCACUGAAGACAGGAGGGAGUCCGCCGAGGAGGGAGAGGACGAGGAUGAGGAGGAGGAGGAGGAAGGCAGGGAGGAGGAGGAGGAGCAGAGGCCCUUGUGUUCAGGCGUGGUGGGAUACCCCGUGGUGAGAGAUCACACGUUAGGCCUGGGGCUGAGCAGUGCUGCAGACGCACAGGCGGGAGACAGCGCACAGAGCCAGGCGUAUAAAGAGCUCCGUGCAGAGGAGUGGGUGCGCCAGCGUCCUGACGAGGCUGUGGAGGAGUCGCCCCAGUGUCAGGAGACGCCCGGAGGAGAGGAAGACAGCGACACUGACCUCACCUACGGAGAGGUGGAGCAACGGCUGGACCUGCUGCAACAACACCUCAAUAGACUGGAGUCCCAGAUGACGGCAGACAUCCAGGCCAUCCUUCAGCUCCUCCAGAGGCAGACCACCGCCGGACCCCCUGCCUACAGCACCGUCACCUCCAGCCCUGAGUACCAGAGGCCGGCCAUCAGGGUCCAGCCGGUGUCCACCAUGCAGCCGGAGCUCAGCCUUGCUCCACCUCCACCUCGGCCGCAGAGUCCUGUCCUGGAAAAAUCCCCCAUCAAAUCCAAAGAAACCUCCCCCAUCCUCCUCCACACAGAGACUCUCCAGGAUGGGAGCUUUGCUGGACUCCUGCAGAGCGACACGGACAUUGAGCAGAGACACUCGCAAAACGGAGUGGACUCUCACGAGCAGCAACACAACCUUCAGCAGCAACAAGAGGUGCAGAGGUUCCCGUCGAGCCGACAAGCGUCUCUACCUGACGUCCCCAGCAGCUCAGGAAUGUUGGGACUCCACAGGCCAGUUUCUGACCCGGGGCUUCCAGGAAAGUAG